AUGCGAUCCGUCAUCCAGGCCUACAUCCACCCCUUUAAGAGGAUUGGGGUGGCCCUACUUGACAUGCGGUUCCUACUCAAUGUUACUACCCUGACUCUUGGAACUUUAUACACCAUCCAGAAUGAUAAUAGGUUCUCCGAUCAGGAGAAUUUAGUCAAUGCAUCUGUGAGCACCACUUUCAUCUGUUACAUUGGUAUUGUUCUCUGGCACUUGCUGAAGCGGCUGCGUAACAAUGUGAGGAUCAGGAACAAGACUGACCAGAUGUUAGCCAGUGCAACCAGAGUCGUUCUGGGUGUGAAGCAAGGGUCAAAACCAUUAUGA